UUGUAGUAAAAGAUAAUUUCAUUAUUUCUGACUUCAUGAGUUCUUUGUCCGUUUCCCACCUCCUUCUCCGUCUCUCUCCGUCUCUCUCUCUCUCUCCAUGGAUGAGCUGAAAGCUUGAAGGGAAUCAAUUCACUGUGGGAUAUAUGUGUUCCCUAGUACAUAAUGUUUGACUGUGGUUACAAAUCCGAGUACAUGGAUGGCCAGCGAGAGAAGUUUAGGAGGCUGGACGACUUGGAUUCUAGAGUAUCGUCACCUUCAGAUACUGGAAUGAAGAAGUGUGGUUUUAGUAUUGAGGGCCUUGCGCGAGCUGGUCACACAAGCAAUGCCAAAUCUAAAUCCUUCAAAACUGGGAUGAGAAAGGGUUCUGAAGGACUCAAGUCGAUCGGCCGUUCGCUCGGAUUUGGGGUUUCUCGAGCAGUUUUCCCUGAAGAUCUGAAAACAUCUGAGAAAAAGAUAUUUGAUCCUCAAGACAAGUUCCUACUUUUGUGGAAUAAACUUUCUGUGGCUUCAUGUAUUUUGGCAGUGUCUGUGGACCCUCUUUUCCUUUAUCUUCCUGUCAUUAACAAUACAAUGAAUUGUAUCGGUAUAGAUCGUAAAUUAGCCAUCACAGUGACCACGUUGCGGACCAUUAUUGAUGCUUUCUAUCUCAUCCACAUGAGUCUUCAGUUUCGAACUGCUUAUAUUGCACCAUCUUCCCGGGUUUUUGGGCGAGGUGAACUUGUGAUAGAUCCUGCCCAAAUUGCAAAGCGCUACUUACGACGCUACUUCAUCAUUGAUUUCCUUUCCGUCCUCCCUCUGCCUCAGAUUGUUGUCUGGAGAUUCCUUGUGAGGUCAAAUGGUUCAUAUGUGCUGUCUACAAAGCAGGCCCUGCUUUACAUUAUUAUCAUUCAGUACAUUUUUAGAUUUCUCCGCAUGGUUCCAUUGACCACAGAACUGAAGAGAACUGCUGGUGUUUUUGCUGAAACUGCGUGGGCUGGUGCUGCAUAUUAUUUGCUGCUAUAUAUGCUUGCUAGUCAUAUAAUGUUACUUGAACGAAACUACUCUCCUUCACUGCUCCAACAGAAGUACUGCUACGCCUGGCCGACGCUCAGUCUCACUGUGUAUUGUCAUUCAAAGUUUCACUGGGGCAUCGUAUCUAUAGUUACCAUUGUCGGCGCAUUCUGGUAUAUAUUUGCUGUACAGAGAAACGAUUCAUGCUGGAAGAAGGCUUGUAACGAAACAUGCCAUAGAGAUUUUCUUUACUGUGGGAACCAAGGAAUGGAUGGUUAUAGCGCGUGGAGCAACAUAAGUGAAGGGGUCCUUAAUGCUAGUUGUUCUGCUGGCGGUGAUGAUCCGCCAUUCGAUUAUGGUAUCUUUGAUCAGGCACUGUCAUCUGGGAUAGUUUCGACCAUGAAUUUUGUAUCGAAGUAUUGCUACUGUUUAUGGUGGGGGCUGCAGAACUUGAGUACUCUUGGGCAGGGGCUCGAGACCAGCACAUAUCCAUGGGAAGUUGUAUUUUCCAUUACACUAGCCAUUUUGGGCCUUAUCCUCUUUGCUCUAUUGAUUGGUAAUAUGCAGACCUACCUUCAGUCUCUCACUAUUCGGCUUGAAGAGAUGAGAGUGAAGAGGCGUGACUCUGAACAGUGGAUGCAUCAUCGAUUGCUCCCCCCCGAAUUAAGGGAGCGUGUUAGACGCUAUGAUCAGUACAAGUGGUUGGAGACUCGUGGUGUUGAUGAAGAGUCCUUGGUGCAGUCUCUCCCAAAGGAUCUGAGGAGAGAUAUUAAGCGUCAUCUCUGUCUCGCCUUGGUUCGAAGAGUGCCAUUGUUUGAGAAUAUGGACGAGAGGUUACUCGAUGCAAUCUGCGAGCGACUGAAGCCAAGUUUAUUCACUGAAAACACUUACAUAGUCCGGGAAGGUGAUCCUGUGGAUGAGAUGCUCUUUAUAAUUCGGGGACGUCUCGAGAGUGUGACUACUGAUGGAGGGAGAAGUGGGUUUUUCAACCGAAGUUUAUUGAAGGAAGGAGACUUCUGUGGUGAGGAAUUGCUAACUUGGGCCCUCGAUCCCAAGUCGGGCUCUAACCUCCCUUCUUCCACCCGGACUGUGAAGGCUCUCACAGAGGUGGAGGCCUUUGCGCUGAUAGCUGAGGAACUGAAGUUCGUGGCUAGUCAGUUCAGGAGGCUUCACAGUAGGCAAGUUCAGCAUACGUUCCGCUUCUAUUCCCAGCAGUGGAGGACUUGGGCUGCCUGCUUUAUUCAAGCUGCGUGGAGGAGAUACGCAAAGAGGAAGAGCAUGGAACUUCGCAGAAAGGAGGAAGAGGGGGAAGAAGAGGAAGAGGAAGAAGGGCCGAGCCGGGCCAGGAACAGUAAUGCAGGUGGCACAUCUUUUAGUAUCGGGGCAACCUUCCUUGCUACGAGAUUUGCUGCAAAUGCCCUUCGUGGAGUCCAUAGGAAUCGAAAUGCCAAGAGCGCCCGGGACCUCAUGAAGCUUCAGAAGCCGCCUGAGCCUGACUUCACAGCAGAAGAUGCAGAUUAGUUUUGUUGUAAUAUCACCGAUAAUGUCUGGAUAAAGUCAUUUGGGAGACUUUGCUGCUUGCUUCGACUUUGUUGUUGACUGUGAUUUUCGAAUUGCUCAGAAGGCUAAGAAAUGCUUUGUAUCUAUUAGGCUCCGUUUGGUUUCCCAAUAUUAUUUUAGAAUCACAA